CGCCUUUUAGUGGGCGGAGCGAGACAGAUCGGCCCGUCCUCCUUCUGCUGGCGGCAGAUGAUUGGCUAUGUUGGCAGUGUUGUGGGGAUUUACAGGGAAACCGAAGUGACUUGCCGGGGAAGAGAUGCUGUCAGCGGGGAUCGGGCUGCUGCUGCUCGGUGUGUGCUGCCUCUGGUGCCCGGCACAGGGGAGCGAGGAGGAGGCGGAGUAUGUGACGUGCGGAUCGGUGGUGAAGCUGCUUAAUACUCGGCACAAUGUGCGGCUCCAUUCCCACGAUGUCAAGUACGGCUCAGGAAGUGGCCAACAGUCUGUCACCGGUGUGGAGUCAUCAGAUGAUGGUAACAGCUAUUGGAGGAUAAGGGGAAAGGUGAAUGAAGAUUGCCCCCGUGGAGAGCCAAUAAAGUGUGGCCAAAUCAUUCGGCUUACCCAUGUGAAUACUGGGAAGAACUUGCACUCCCACCAUUUCUCAUCCCCUCUCUCAAACAACCAGGAAGUAAGUGCCUUUGGCGAUAAUGGGGAAGGAGACGACUUGGACACUUGGACCGUGCAGUGUGGUGAUAGCGUUUGGGAACGCGAAGACGCAGUGCGUUUCAAGCAUGUUGGAACCAACGCGUAUCUAACCAUUACAGGCGAACAGUACAGUCAUCCAAUCAGAGGACAGAGAGAAGUGCAUGCCAUGACAAAUGCCAAUGCUCACAACUACUGGAAAGCGAUGGAAGGUGUGUUCAUCAAACCAAGCCUCCCUCCAGGGGCAGCCAGGCAUGAUGAACUAUAAAAUAAAUUGGAGCUUUGGUUGAAGACCAGAAUGAUAAAUGCUGACUUGAAGGUUUUCUCCUCCACUGGUUGUCUUAUUACAGACAAGUGGGACUGGACUAUUUUGUUACAUUUUCCAAUAAUUGGAACACUGUACAUACUGCUCUAUGUAUAUUAAAAAAAAAAACAUCUUUAUUAGGAAACCUAUGGGAAGACAAACAUGGAUGCUGCUCAUUUAAAAAAUACUAGCGUCCAUGCUGGUAAUUGGCAUUGACUACUCAACAUUUGCAUCACUGACUAUGAACGGGUAUAGAAAACUGGUUUCAUAUCUGUUUACAGUCACUGUUUGAAGAGACAGCCAGGUAGCUAUCAUUUUUAAAAGGUCAGCAAUGGGAGCAUUGAGAUUUGUCUUGGCACAGGUUUCUUUUAAAUCUGAACUCCAAGUUUGAUAAUUGCAUUGUUCUAGCUUGAACUAAGAGAAUAUGCAUUUCCCAUACCAGAGGGUCUGCUGUGGAAGCUGGAAAUCGCAGUAAUAUUCAUCGCUACUAGAGCGAUCGCUGUGAUCCUCCAGGUCCUCUGCCCUUCUGCACUCUGACCACAGGGUCAUUCACUCAGCACUACUACCAUUCACUGAACGCCUUGUUUUGUUUUUUUGUUUUUUUUCAAUGAAUACAAAGUCUUCUGUGAAUGGUCGCAGGGCCAAGCCAGCCAUGUGGUAAGUGGGGCAGUCUCUCAUCAUAAGACCCAGAAGAUCACUGUGUAGUAGCUCUGACUACCACCGUGAUUUCCAGCUUCCAGGGUGGUCCCUCAGGGAUGAAAUAUGCCAUGUGUGUAUGCUACUAAGAUCAUACUUGGAGUUCAGCUUUAAAGGUUAGGGUCACACAAGCAGAUUUUAGGGCACAAGAAAAGAAUCCAUGGUGCGUUUCAGGUGAAUGAAUGACACUGGCACACCACUGUCUUUUAAAAGAUGUAAAAAUAUAGUGAACAGGUAA